AAGUUGAUCUCUCCUCCUUCUGUUACUAAACCUCGGGAAAUCCCAUCGCAAUCAUGCCGCAAGGGGAGACCGAACCCCUCCUCCCUCGCUAUGAGGAGGACACGACCCUCCAGCGUCGUUUGCAUCAGAAAUUACACACUUACCAGAUGCUCCGGGCCCUCUCCGAUGGGUAUAUGCCUUCCACGGAACAGGUGAUUGUCAAUCUCCGCACCUUGCUGGCUUCGGAUGUGCUCUCCACCCAGACCCAUGAUGUGGGCUCCGUGGGUCGGCAAAUCAUCCGCGAUUGUCGUCUGUGGAUUCAGGUCUUCAUCGAAUUCCUCAAGGAGAAAAACGAGGAUGAUAAACUGCAGGAGUUUCUGUGGCAUCUGGCUCGCUCUCGAGCCUCGAUUGACCCCAAUCAGAUCCAGCAGCAGGCGCACCGAAGCCGGGUGAGGGCCGACACCAAAGCAGCAUACGACAGUCUGCGCACCGUGGGAAGCCUCCUACUCACCAAUUCCGAUUUCCGCUUGUUUGUGGAGGAUCUUAGCACUGUCGGGCGGCAGAUCUUCUCCGACACGGCAUUCUCCUUGUCCAGCGCGACUCAGCAGAUUGGCGAGCAGUUGAAACCAUCCGAGGAGGAGAUUGAAGCGGUGCAGAAGCCAGGUGCGGACGAAGGCCACACACCUACUGGGGAGGACCUGCGACACGAAGCAACCGAGGUGGCCGAGAUCGCCGGCAAUGGUCUGGCUCGCACUGGUAAAGAUGCAGUAAGCAGUGCAAAGGAGCACCUCGCUGGCCGAGAGAAAGAGGCCCUGCUGUACCGGCUGAAGCAGACGGUCCUCAAGCUCAAGGACCGUACUGACUAUUCGGACUCCAUCUCGACCUUGGGCCAGCUGAUUCGUCGAUACGCCCAAACCUACGUCAACGCGGCCUCGGAUGUAGUCACAGCGGCGGAGGAAGACGUCGAAGUCAAUGCAGAUCUCAAGCAGGCGAUGCAGCAGUUUUGGGUCCUGCUGCAAUCGUUCGGUGAUGCCGAGGAAUGGAAGGCGCUGGAGCAGCGCUUCGAGACCGUCCUGCAGCAUGCAAACACAGAUCCGGAGUUUGAGAAGUUCCUGUCGGAAACCGGGUCGGUCGUGCAGGAGAUGCUAACUGAUCCCAAAUUCUUUGACAAUGCGGAGGAGAAGUUCGAUGAGCUGAAGGAGAAGUCCAAAGAGGUCAAGACGGAAUCCCGGUUUAGGCAAGACGUCGAUGCUUUUCUGGUUCAGGCCAAACGAGCCCUGCGAACUGUGCCAGGAGACAAAGCCGUGGCCAAUCUUGUCAACGCAACCAGCAAGCUCUAUAAGGAUAUCUGGGAGGCCUAUCACAGUCGCGAGAGCCAGCUACCAGCAGACUUACUUGAGAGUUUCCUGCCUCUGGUUCUCCGUACUGUGCAAUUCAUCCCUAUCCCUCGCUUGGAGAUAUCAGCGCCCGAGGUUGAUCUGCUGCUGGAGAGCUUGAUUCUUGAGCCCGGCCGAACGGUCAAUUACUCGUCUUUCCUCCCCUACCGCAUGCACGUCACCACGCGCAACGACAUUGACAUCUUGAAGAAGCAUUCCAAGAAGACGGCCACAGACAUCAAAACCACUUUCACGGCCACCGUUAACGGCUUGAACAUCAGCGCGUCUGAGUUCGGGUACUGGAUCAGGACCCACUCGGGCCCCUUCCUGCGAUUCAAGGACGAGGGUGUCGCCAGCUUCUUCUUGGACAAGCGCGGAGUUGACAUCUCGCUCGACAUCGAAGUCGGCCGAGAGAGGCUUGAACAGAUCUUCACCCUCCGUGGGGUUCGCGUGCAGAUUCACAAGCUCGACUACAAAGUGCAUCGCAGUCGGUGGAAGUGGCUGCUCUGGCUGACCAAGCCAUUCCUCAAGCACCUGGUGCGUCGAGUCCUGGAGAAGAAGAUUGCAGAGAAGAUCGUCCAGGCGGCAUUCGCCCUGAACCGGGAGCUGGUCUUUGCGCGCGAACGGCUGCGGGCGGCCCGGAUCGCCAAUCCGCAGGAUCUGGCCAGUUUCGUGCGGGCUGUGCUGGCUCGACUGAAGGCGCUUCCGGAGUCUGACGUGGAGGCCCGCGUGGGGCUCGAGCCGCCUGGCGAGGGCGUGUUCAAGGGGGUGUAUGCACCGGGCAGUCUGGUCAAGGUGUGGCACCAGGAGGCAACACGGGCGGAGGAGGCGAUCGAGGAGGGCGACGAGUCUCGCACUCUGGCGGGAACUUGGAGGAACGAGAUCUUUGACGUACCUGUUCGUCGUGCUUGAUUUAUCGAUCUGAUAGUAGGGAUGUUGGGAUAGGCAAAUUGUUG